AUGCCACCGACACUCCGUUCAUCACCCCAGAAAUCCCGGUCGUCGGACACAACGGGGGACGAGACAGUCAGCUCGAUGACUACACAAAAUACGACUCCGAGGAAGGUCCCACAUUGCACUAAAUGUGGACGACCGAGGGCAGGACACCCUCGUCAAGGUUGUCCCUUCUCGGACUCGCCACAAGCAACAACGCCAAAGCAAGCAUCGUCCAAGCCAGCUCUUACGGCAGUGAUAUCUGCUGCGUUUGAAGAGCUCCACAUCGAACAGGCGACGCCGACGCGGGCGUCAUUGUCCAAUCCAAAGGAAGCCACUGCCCGUACAGUCAUUCGCGGGCGACGCUCGCUAGGGCAGCAAGCCUCACCGAUGCCUAGUAGAGCCGAUGAACAGGAUACGCAGGCGGCAAUACGAUCGCGUCGCAAGUCGGCAUUGCCAGAUCUCGGACCUUCGCAGAGUCUUCAAUCGGUGUCAACCACUACCGGAGAGAUCCUCGACAAAUUGACAUUCCUACCGGAUGAUAGCGAAGACGAGUCCAAAGAUGGAGAUGAGCCAGCGGCGAAGGAGCUCAAGGAGAAGGUUGUCAGAUGGCAGGAUACUCUCGCUACGACUCCCGCCGCCGCCAAAGGAAAGGGCAAAGGACGAGCAUCCAUGCCCGGCACGCUGAUGACGCCUUCGCCAUACUCGAGCAUGAAUAUCAAUGAGACCCAGGAUACCAAACCCUCGGACCGGCUGACCCAGGACGUAGUCACUUCCCUCUCGUCUAUCGACAGUCAGAGCACAGCCGUACCUCUGGCCGGUCUUGUUCGUACUAUGAGCAUGGAGGAACGGUCCAACUUUGUGGACUUCAUCACCAACACCCCCGAGGCUGCACAAGUCUACCGCCUCCCCAAGGCCGAUAUCCCCGCUAUCAAGAAAUCUGCAACGGUCUCGGGUUACUUCGCACUGACAGUCGAUAUCGUGAAUGAUAGCCAGGGCGGUGAGCUUGAAGAAGGGUAUCUCGUCUUGGGUAAGGACGACCGCGCUGUUCGACGAUUAAUGCAGAGCGUGUAUUAUGAUGAACUAAAGAAGUCAGGUGGAGGGAAGUCCUCGUUGAAGGCAGCUGCUGGGGGUGCAAUGGUUGGUGCAGUGGCAACGUUUACGGGUCUUGCUUUCGUUUAA